AUCCGACUGUAUUUAAGCUGAACCCAGCCCAGAAUCACAGCAUCAGAGCGCUCCUACACGUGUGUGUGUGUUCGAGACCAGUACGCUUAUAGUAAAUCAGGUCAAAUUCUUGCUCCGUCUCUCUGAGUGUACCUGACUUGAUUCCAUUUUCCAGGACACUGCUGUUGCUGUCAUUUAGCAGAACCAUGAGUAGGAACUUCUUGUCCAUGAACAGUGAGCUUAAGAAAGGAGACUUCCUGUUAUCCAACAACGGAGAGUACAAGGCAGUCUUUCAGGAGGACGGGAACUUUGUGGUGUACGGAUGGAAGCCGGUUUGGCAGUCUAAUACCCCUGGCAGCACUGCCAAGAGGCUGAUCAUGCAAGAAGACUGCAACCUCGUCAUGUAUGAUGAUGGCCCAGUUGUGUGGCACACCAACACCCACCACUCUAACGUCAAAGUGUGCCGUUUGACCUUGAGAAAUGACGGCAUGCUGGUCGUUGAGAAUGACGGCAAAGACGUGUGGAAAUCUACCCCAAAAAUAUAAAAGUAAUGACGUAAUCUCGUCUCAAACGUCUCUGAGCUUCGUUUCUCUCCAAUUUGUGAUAAAAGUGUCAAUAAAGCACAUUAAUCUGGA